AUGCCACCAACGCCGCUUCCUUCUCAAGUGCUCUACAGCCUGGCAGGGCCAGUACCCCCUCCUGUCUCGCUAUCUCUACCUCAGGCACAACUCGUGGAACGCCCAAUAAUGUGGCCUCCUCCAUCCUUGGACGCCUCAGACCAUCCUGGGCCCCCCCCUGGUCGCACCCGGAUCUCGAAUCCGUACCAAGCUGGACCUUAUAGUCGACAAGGACCAGGAUAUUUCACUGGACCCCCGCCCCCACCCGAGCAAACCAAAAUGAAUCUCUGUCCUCGUCCGCUCGAUCCUAGCCCGCGCCACAGACGUGUAAAGCGAUAA